AUGCCAUCGGCCCCGCUGGGUGUCACGUCACAAUCCAGGAAGAAGCCCAGGACGUCCGCAUCUAAUGGAAGGCAGUGUGCAGCCGAAGACAAGGAAAACCAGACUGCUGAGGGCGCCCUAAACAGUCUAGAACGAGAUCGCACCGGUUGCACCGAGCAGAAUGGGCUUUCAGAAACCAGGUUACCGCAGACACCCACAGUCCGAAUACCCAUCGAAGACCUGAUCGCAAACACUGAAGACGCCUACAAUUGUGCCCCUCCACUCGCCACCCCCAUCGACCACGUUCUCUGGCAAACAAACCCAGCAAGUUCAAAUUCACUGGAAGCUGCCGACGCCACUCAAAGAAGCAGGAAACGCGCUCACAGUUCUUCGCCCGCUUCGUCGCAGCAACUCUCUGCGCACAAGGAUGCCAUGAAUCUAGACACAUUGAACAAAUCCCUGCGCACACCGAACAACGACCCGACGCAGGAUCUUUGGAAUCGUUACACUACUGCCAAUGGGUUGAAAAAGGAUACCAAGGAACCUACCUUGCCCGCAUACCCUCAUUUGCUGCCGUCUUCCCCUCAGACACCCAGUACGACGGAUAGGGACAGUGGCCUGCGGAGGACGCACAGCUGCGGAGUUGAAUGGCCUACCUCAAAAGCAAAGCGCAGGAGGAUGGAUGAGCAAAACAGCCGAACGAAGGAGUUGUUCGCCGCCUCUCGAAAGGAAAUCCUGCGGCGCGAUCUGCCCAACAACACCCGUGUCGGACUUCUGCUUGAGAAGAUUCAGGAAAGUCUGACCAAGAAAACCGAUGCGCCGGAAAGCCCUUCGAGCUCUUCACCUCUCCCUGACAGGCGCUCGCAAGCGCUAGUCUCACCUACAAGGCCACCAAACAGAACAAGAGGCGACUCUAGUGGUCCUCGUGGCGCCACCCAAUCGUCUCAGAAAAGGUCGCCUCUGAAGCACGGUGUUUCGCGUGAUGCUUCUUUCUCGACAGAUUUCAGUGAUGAUCCGUUCGAUGCCGACGCCCUCGCAUGUGUCGAGCAGGUACUUGCCCAAUCCCAGGUGAAUAAUGAAGACGAUGGCGGUGUGUCUCAUGCUGGGGAUGGUUCUGGGCAGAGACCAGCGUCUCAGUCUCACGCUGCUGCUGAGAUUGUCCACACUAAUACCGCUCGAGAUCCAUACCAGCCUAUCCCGGCGGAGAUAGCAAUGCCGCGGCAACCACAAAAGAUCUCGACACAAGCAGAUUUUGACGAGUUUGAUGACGACGAUGACGAUGACUUAAUGAACGAGAUGCUCGACCUUGCAGCACAAUAUGACUCUCAGCGGCAAGCACCGGUGGCAGAACAGGCGGCUGUUGCACAGCCAACUUCGCAGGCGGAUAUAGAAACCAAGCACCUUGAAACACUUGAUGAGUUUGAAGACGCCUUCGAUGAUGACGAUGAACUAUGGGAAAACAUUGCGAAUGCAACACAAAAGGGGAGGACGCCUGUUGGAUCAAAAAAUCAUACGUCAAUCAAUAAUCGAGCUAUCAACCGCUAUCUCAUCCUUGAUGUCUUUGACCACCAGUACGAAUCCAAGCCUGACCGUACGCGGCCUGAGAAGCUGCUCUCGGUCAAAGAUGAGAGGACAAAGAGGCUCUACAACAUCCACUUACGGGAGUCGUGGUAUGACACGCGGUGUACCAAGGGCUCCUACGUCCACAUCAUCGGCCGAUUCGAUCGUACAGGCCGGUGCGUGGUUGACGAUGCUGACAACAUGAUCAUUCUUCACCCGGACCACCUCAUCUCGUCGACUGUCGUGGGCGACUCCUUCACUUGUAUGCGCCGCGCCGUCCUCCAAGACAGGGUAAAAGCAACCAAUGCAGCUAGUCAGCCUCAAGUGUACGGCCACAUACUCCAUGAGGUCUUCGGACACGCGUUGACGCUUAACAAAUGGGACCGCCAAACAUUCCGAGAAAUCAUUGACAAGGUUCUGCUCUCUUACAUUGAGUCGUUGUAUGAAAUUGGAGUCCGCAUCCCAGACGCGACAGAAUAUCUUCUGGGCAAGCAAAGCGAGCUGAUGGGAUGGGCAAGUGUUUUCGUUGGUGAUACUCUGUCUGCAGAUGCUGUCAUCCGCGAUCGACAUGGCGUCCUCGUGCCAGCAACCAUCAACAAGUUGCUGGAACUUGAAGAACAUAUCUGGUCGCCGAUGUACGGACUGAAGGGCAACAUCGAUGCCACGGUGCAAGCGCAAAUGAAGCUGCUAAACGAUGAAAAGCCUCGAACCCUUCUCGUACCGUUCGAACUCAAGACUGGCAAGAGAGACAAUGUUGAGCAGCACCGUGUUCAGACCGCACUUUAUACACUCCUACUAUCGGAUAGAUACGACAUCAACGUCACCUGCGGCAUGCUGUACUACCUGGAGACCAAUAAAACGUUCCGCGUCGAAGGCAUCAGGAACGAAAUCCGUCACAUGAUCAUCGAGAGAAACGAACUGGCAUGCUAUGUCCACGACAAGCUGGCUUUACCACCAAUGAUCAAGAAGCAGCAUAUGUGCAAGAGUUGCUAUUCGAAAGCGGCGUGCUUCACCUACCAUAAGCUGUGUGAAGAUGGCACGGCCGAAUCUAGCGGCCUGGGCGACAGAUUCACUGAGGUUGUCGGCCAUUUGUCUCCUACCCAUCAGGCCUUCUUCAAGAAAUGGGACGAUUUGCUCACCAAGGAAGAGCGAGACUCGAUGAAAUUCCGCCGAGAACUCUGGACAAUGCUGGGCUCAGAGCGAGAGGCCGUUGGACGAUGCUUUUCAGAAGUGGUGAUCCAGCCAGGAUCGGCAUUCGAGAAUCCUGCCAGUUCAAAGAUUAACAGAUUUGAAUACACUUUUGUCAAACAGAAACACCGACCAGGCUUCUCUUUUACCGAGUCACAAAUCACCAUUGGAGAACCGAUUGUGAUUUCCGAUGAGAAAGGGCAUUUCAACUUUGCGGCAGGGUUCGUGACGAACGUGCGACCUAACAGAGUUGUGGUGAUGGUCGACCGGCGGCUACAACGGGCGCAGCGCAAGACGGAAGGCUUUGACCCUGUUCACAACCAAGUCUUCUCCGCCCAGGAUAGUGUUGGCCAGGGCCUACCUUCUCCGUCUUCGCAAUCUGAAGACCCUAUCCUGUACCGCAUUGACAAGGAUGAGUUUGCGAAUGGAAUGGCGACAGCUCGGAACAAUCUUCUGCGGAUCAUGGAGAAGGAUCUCUGGCGAGCACACGAGCUUCGGCAGCUGAUCAUCGAAAACAAGCCCCCGGAGCUCAAGAUCACGUCAACGGGCUACACGCUCUCUGGGCCUGCAUCCCAACAAAACCUCAAUAUCGAUCAACAGAGGGCUCUCGAGAAGGUGAUGAGCGCCAAGGACUACGCCCUCGUACUCGGUAUGCCUGGAACUGGCAAAACCACGACCAUUGCUCAUAUCAUCCGUGCUCUUGUCUCCCAGGGCAAGUCGGUCCUGUUGGCAUCCUAUACGCAUACCGCCGUGGACAAUAUUUUGCUGAAAAUCAAGGACGACAAGAUCCCCAUUCUGCGCAUUGGAGCUGUCAACAAAGUACAUCCGGACGUGCGUUCAUUUGCGGAUAUUUCUGGCAUACCCAAACGCACGGUUGAGGAACUGCAUGCGUCCUGGCACGAAAGCAAAGUUGUGGCAACUACGUGCUUGGGCGUCAACCAUGGCAUAUUCAAUGCCAGAACCUUCGACUAUUGUAUUGUGGACGAGGCUUCCCAGAUCACGUUGCCUGUCUGUCUCGGUCCCAUCAGGAUGGCCAAGACCUUCAUCCUGGUUGGUGAUCACUAUCAAUUACCCCCGUUGGUUCAGAACAAACAAGCCAUGGAUGGUGGAUUGGAUAUCAGUCUCUUCAAAUUACUGUCGGAGGCACAACCAGACUGUGUCGUCAGUCUCGAACACCAGUACCGAAUGGCCGAAGACAUCAUGCUGCUGUCCAAGGAGCUUGUAUACUCGGGUCGAAUCAAGUGCGGCAAUGAGACCGUUGCGAAACGAAUGCUAUUGAUACCCGAUCUGGAAGCUGGGCUAGCAGCACAUCAUUUCACGGCAUCGUCCUGGCCCAAGUCCAGCCACAGCACGCAAGCCAUUUGUGUUGCGGACGCCCGUUGCUGGCUUCAGCGGGCAUUGGUUCCGUCCUCUCGGUGUCUGUUUCUCAACACCGACACAAUCGCUCCAAGUGGCACCGCUCGCGAAACAGCGGCAGGCGCCCGGAUUACCAACGCAGUUGAGUCAAUCCUGACAGCGCAGCUCGUCACGACAUUGAUCCAGUCGGGCGUUUCGCCCCGCUCGAUCGGCGUCAUUACCUUUUAUCGGUCUCAGCUCGCACUCCUGAAGGCAGAUGUCAAGUCUCUUGCCGGUUCUGUUGCCGCCGGUGAGGUUGAAAUGCACACGGCCGAUAAAUACCAGGGACGAGACAAGGACGUGGUGAUUCUGAGCUGUGUCCGAAGCAAUGACAACAACCAUGUGGGUGACCUUCUCAAGGAUUGGCGACGAGUGAACGUGGCAGUGACACGAGCAAGGAGUAAGAUGUUGAUUCUGGGAAGUAUAAGUACUCUGGCCGGCAGUGGCGUGCCCAUUUUACAAGGGUUAACGAAGAUCAUGACUGAGGCAGGAUGGCUUCUGGAACUGCCAGGUGGAGUGUGCGGUAUGCAUUACUUCGAGGCCGCCUUCACUCAAGGAAAUCCACACACGCAGCGGAGCGUCCCUGAAGGUCCUGGGACACAGGCGAUGUCCAAGUCAGCGUCGCCAGCAAAGAAGAGAAAGCAACCGUUGGGCCCAUUGGGCAACGGUAGCGUUGCUGGAAACCUCAGUCCUGCGAAGAAACAAAAGCAGAAACAGUAUCAGGUCCAAGGGGUCCUGCGACAGCCAGGCAAGGUGAUUCGAGGAAAUGCUCUUGUCGGCGGUCGCGGCGACGGUCUCAAGAAGUUCUUGGAUAACAGACCAGUCAUGCGGGACGUGCUUAACGAGCUCUCUACUGACCGCGUGCACAGUGAGAAUGUGGACUCUCAGGAUCACGGACCCGCGGAUAUGUUCGAGUAUAUGGAUGCGGAUUUUGAUGCAUUGGACUUGGAAGUAUUUUGA